GGGGCGUGCACACGACGUCGUCGUCGCUCUAUUGCUUUUUUCACUAUAUAAUCGGCCGGUAGGGCUUACUGUAGCACAGACAAAGAAGCCUCGCUAUUGCUCAGUAAAUCAAACGGGUAGAAAAGUUCUAGAUAAGCAAAAUGAGCGGAGGUGGAGAGAAGGGUUCAGCAACUACUAAAACUCCUGGAGAUUUUCUCAAAUCAAUCCGUGGUCGUCCUGUCGUUGUUAAACUGAAUUCUGGAGUUGAUUAUCGAGGCAUUCUUGCAUGUCUUGAUGGGUAUAUGAAUAUAGCAAUGGAGCAAACAGAAGAAUAUGUCAAUGGGCAGUUGAAAAAUAAGUAUGGCGAUGCUUUCAUUCGUGGAAACAAUGUUCUCUACAUUAGUACAUCAAAGAGGACACUAGCAGAUGGGGCUUAAGUACCGAAUUUUUAUCAAACCAAGUGGAGCCUCUGCAGUCAUGGUUUUUUUUUUGUUUAAAUGUUUGUAUUUUUAAUGUAAGAUGAUGUGGAUUUUGGAAAUUCGAAUUAGAUAGGGCUGCUCGAACUUGGACAUGAAACCUUGUUACUAUCAUAUGUAAUGGAAUAGGCUGCCAAAUGUCUUCA